AUGCUUCUUCGGUCAACCUUGAUCAAAUUCUUUUCAUGCUCUCUCCCCGGCGCCAUUGACGCCAUCCCCCCUAGAGUGCCCGAACCGUCCAUUGUACUGCUAAUUCAGAAGAAGUCAAAGCCUAUAUCGAUCAGCGAGUGUAACCAAAUCCAUGCAAAGCUUGUAGUGUCGCGAGCAAUCUCAGAAACCCAUGUCGCAAACACCCUUUUGAGCCUUUACACGAAAUGUAACGCUUUAGAUCAUGCAGACUUCUUGUUCGACAAAAUGCCUCGCAAGAACGUGGUGACGUGGACUUCAAUGAUUACGGCUUAUGUUCAUGAUGGGUCUUUUGGGAGAGCUAUGAAAAUGUUCAAAGGAUUGCUUGAAACGGGUGAUAAACCAAACAAAUUUACUUUUUCUAUCGCCGUUCGGGCUUGUACCGGUCUUAGUUCUCGCGAACUGGGUCAGCAAAUUCAUGGCUUGAUGGUUCAACUGGGGCUUGAGAGUAAUGAGUUUGCGGGUAGCGUUCUAGUGGACAUGUAUUUCAAGAUUGGGAAUGAUCUUGAUGAUGCGUGUCGUGUUUUUGAUGGGUUGUUUACCAAAGAUAGAGUUACAUGGAAUGUUAUGAUUUCUGCGGUUGCACAAGUUGGUGAUUCUGGUAGGGUUUCAAGAUUGUUUUCGGAUAUGCGGGUGUCUGAUCAGUUGGAGCCCAAUGAUUUUACCUUUACGAGCUUGCUCAGGUGUUGUUGUUUAUUAAGAGAGGUGGAGCAAAUACAUGCACUUGCUGUGAAGUUUCACGCUGAAGAUGAUGUUGUGGUGGGCAGUGCUUUAGUGGAUUUUUAUGGUAAGUGCGGUGAUAUGGCUUCAAGCUGGAAAGUCUUCGAUUCCAUGGAGGAGAAAGAUAUGUUUGUUUGGAGCUCCAUCAUUUCGGGUCAUACGAGAAAUGGUCGAGGAGAGGAAGCUAUCAUUUUGUUCAGGGAAAUGUGUAGACAAGGCAUGAGACCCGAUCAACAUGCAUUGUCAAGUACAUUAAAAGGUUGUGCUGAGAAUGGAGACUUGAACACAGCAAUUCAAGUCCACGCCCAAAUGAUAAAGAGCGGAUGUGGAAGAAACUGUUUUGUUGCAAGUGUUCUUUUAGCUCUUUAUGCAGAUUCAGGCAAUAUAUGUGAAGCAGAGAAUUUGUUCAGAAAAAUUGAUAUGAAAGAUAUUGUUGCAUGGAACUCAAUGAUCUCGGGUUAUGCUCAAAUGAAGGAGGGCUCUCUUUCUUGCAUCCAAAUGUUUCAAGAACUUUGCUUGACUGACUUACUGAAACCUGAUGCAGGCAGUCUAAUUGCUGUUCUAAAGUCUUGUCAGAGUAAAUCAGAUAUGGUCACAGGUGUGCAGAUCCAUUCCGUGAUAGUGAAAUCAAUUCAAAGUCUUGAAACUCCAGUUGGGAAUGCACUAGUCCACAUGUACUCCGAGUGUGGAACUAUAGAUGAUGCUUACAAGUGUUUCAAUGAUUUGGCUGAGAAGGAUGAAACUUCUUGGAGUUCUAUAGUUAGUUGUUAUCAACAGAAUGGGUAUGAUUUAGAGGCUCUGCAACUUUGCAAACAGAUGCUAGCAAAUGGGGUCCAUUUCACCAGUUAUAGCCUUCCAUCAUGCCUUGCAGCUUGCUCGAAAGUUGUAGCUAUAGAUGUAGGCAAACAGUUUCAUGCUUUCAUUAUCAAGUGUGGUUUUCAUAGAGAUGUCUAUGUUGGGAGCUCGAUCAUAGAUAUGUAUGCUAAAUGUGGAGACCAUGAGGAAUCUAGAAAAGUUUUUAAUGAAGGGCAAAGGUCAAAUGAAGUAACUUACAAUGCCAUGAUUUCUGGACUCGCACUGCAUGGGAAAGCCCUGGAGGCAAUAGAAAUAUUCAGCGAGAUGGAGAAGAUGAGUUUAAUGCCCAAUCAUAUCACAUUCUUAGCUCUUCUAUCAGCUUGCAGCCAUGCAGGUUACACAGAAAAGAGUUUAUAUUUUUUUAAUUUGAUGCACAAGAAGUAUCGUAUUAGGCCAGAAUCUGAACAUUAUUCCUGCUUGAUUGAUGCAUAUGGUCGGGCUGGAAAGCUCGAGGAGGCGUACCAAUUCAUUAAAAAUGAUGGAAGUGUUUUGGCAUGGAGAAGUUUACUUAGUGCUUGUAGGAUUUAUGCAAACACAAAAAUUGCAGAAAAAUCUGCAACAGAAAUUAUAGAACUUGAUGCCAACGAUCAUGCUUCAUAUGUUAUACUCUCUAACAUUUACUCUGGGGAGGGAAAAUGGGAAGAAGCUAUGAAGUUGAGACAGAAAAUGGCCGAGAUUGGGUUGAAGAAAUAUCCAGCAAGUAGUCGGUUGAUACACUGA